AUUAAAGCUGUGCCCCCAAAUUACUUUAAACUCUGUGGGCAGGGGACAAAAAUGAAGAGCUGUAUUCUCCCUAUGGAGGCACUUAGAAACUGCAUGAAUGAAAUACACCUGCCCCUGCCCCACCACACACCUCAAGGCUGCCUUGAUAUUUUACAAAAAUCAACGCACACAAGCUUGCAAAUUUUGAUUCCAUUGGAAAAACACUAACUGAAUCGUUUCAUUAAUGAUAACACUAUUCCUCUCACUCUUUUUAUAAUUUGGGAUGCUAUGACUGGGUAGGAUUAGUUGAAUGGAAGAUUUGGGCCUCUUGUGGAGCAGUUGCUCAUAUUCCGGGUGUUGUCAAACCCAAUAACACUGCAACAUUUUACAAAGGUGAGGUAUACAGUUUGAGUGUAAUUUCUGCAAAACAGAAAAAGAGAGAGAAUAACGUGACCCACGGGUCAAUCUACCAGGACCUUCUCUUUCACAUUAAUUGAAAUGAAAGAGAGGUGUACCACUGCAGGAGGGCGAGAGCAAGAGAAAUUCUUAGUGUCUUGCGUCCCAUAUUGUCUAACAGGAAGGGGGAUGCCGUGUGGAUUUUCUGUGUGGGGAGUACUAGAACAUCUCAGCUGACUCUGGCCAUUCUUGGUAACUUUCUCACCUAAGUGACUGGAGGUGCUGUACUUCCUCUUCCAACCUAGCUUAUAAGGACUUUCCCCCUGUGUGUUUAUUGAAGUAUAGCAUAAAAGGAGCAGAUUAGCAACCAAGGCGUUGCCUUCCAACUUUUUUCCUGCAUACAUUUUUCUUACAAUAAUAAUUCACCAGGCCCUGUUCUACCAACAGCCCGAUCAAUGUAAUGAAAUAAAACACCUUAUAUGGCUAACAUACUAUCCGUUAUCCUUUUUAGGGUCUUGGCUUACAGAAGAUCCGCCUCUGGAGUUUUAUAGUCUCACUGAUAUUUAUACCAAAAGCAUCGUCAGGACAGAGUCCCAGAGGGAAGGAACUCUCUAGUAGACUUGGUCCCCUGUGCCCACCACCUCUUAUUCCAGCCAUGUGUGAAGAGGAGACAACUGCCCUUGUUUGUGACAAUGGUUCUGGGCUGUGCAAGGCCGGCUUUGCUGGUGACGAUGCUCCACGUGCAGUUUUCCCAUCCAUUGUGGGUCGCCCUCGUCACCAGGGUGUGAUGGUGGGGAUGGGCCAGAAAGACAGCUAUGUAGGGGACGAGGCUCAAAGCAAGAGAGGAAUCCUUACUCUCAAAUACCCCAUUGAACAUGGCAUCAUUACUAACUGGGAUGACAUGGAAAAGAUCUGGCACCACUCUUUCUACAAUGAACUGCGAGUAGCUCCUGAGGAACACCCGACUCUGCUCACGGAGGCACCUCUGAAUCCCAAGGCAAACCGAGAAAAGAUGACUCAGAUUAUGUUUGAAACCUUUAAUGUCCCAGCCAUGUAUGUCGCAAUCCAAGCGGUGCUGUCCCUUUACGCAUCUGGCCGUACCACUGGUAUUGUUCUGGACUCUGGUGAUGGCGUCACUCACAAUGUGCCCAUUUACGAAGGCUACGCCUUGCCUCAUGCAAUCAUGCGUCUUGACCUGGCUGGCCGUGACCUUACAGAUUACCUCAUGAAGAUCCUUACAGAGAGGGGCUACUCUUUUGUCACCACUGCUGAACGAGAAAUUGUGCGUGACAUCAAGGAGAAACUGUGCUACGUUGCUCUGGACUUUGAGAAUGAAAUGGCCACAGCUGCUUCCUCAUCCUCUCUAGAAAAGAGCUAUGAGCUCCCUGAUGGGCAAGUCAUCACCAUUGGCAAUGAGCGAUUCCGUUGCCCAGAAACCCUCUUUCAGCCAUCUUUUAUUGGCAUGGAAUCUGCUGGCAUUCAUGAAACAACCUAUAAUUCCAUUAUGAAGUGUGACAUCGACAUCCGCAAAGACCUCUAUGCCAACAAUGUGCUUUCAGGGGGCACCACCAUGUACCCGGGUAUUGCAGACAGAAUGCAAAAGGAGAUCACAGCCUUAGCCCCCAGCACAAUGAAGAUAAAGAUCAUUGCCCCUCCUGAGCGCAAAUAUUCCGUCUGGAUUGGUGGCUCCAUCUUGGCUUCCCUUUCCACUUUCCAGCAGAUGUGGAUCAGCAAACCAGAAUACGAUGAAGCCGGCCCUUCAAUUGUGCACAGGAAGUGUUUCUAAAGACCAUAGUUCGAUGACUGAAGAGCACGGAGCUUUCCUUAUUUUGCAAUUCUUUCUAACCUUCAAUAAGCAUUAAAACUUUUUCAAAUCAGCA